GCUUGUGUCUGAAUUCAGUCGCACACGAUUCCCACUCUCUUGCCCCACAACACCAAACGACACAACGACCACAUCAGCUAACACACCAACCACACGCACCGACCACAAGAUGGACCCCGAAGUUCGCAAGGCACUCGAGGAGCUCAGCGAGGUGCAGCAGACAACGCAGUCGCGCAUGUACUUGCUGGAGCAACAAAAGGCACAGAAACAGCACGCUCUGCGGCGGUCCGUGCUCACAGCCCGCGAGGUGGAGCCCCUCAACGACACCGUCCCCUUGUACAAGUCCGUCGGCAAGAUGUUUGUCAUCUCCGACAAGGAUACCAUCAUGAACGAGCUUGAGGAGAUUGCCAAGGACGCUGACUCGUCCGUCAAGAAGCUCACGGAGGCGCAAAAGAAGAUGGAACAAUCACUGAAGGAGCAGCAGGAGAGCGUGCGUGAUCUCGUGCGCCGUAAGGGCGGCAGUGCAUAAGCAGACACAACCGAACACCGCGUGUUUGUGCCGUUGUGUUGUCGUUGAUGAUGUUGAUGUUGGUGAUGGUGAUGUGUUUGUGCGCGAGAAUGUUGUGUGCGUGUGUGCAGCGUGGUUGCAGUUGGCUUCAUGGUGUGGAUGUAGAGACUGACGCCCUGUGAAGAUUAGAAGAGUGUGUGAGGUAGAGGUUGAUGUACUGUCAGCAUGCGUCAUGUGUCUGUGGAAAGCCUCGCCCAUUCUUGUGUGUUGGUUUGUUGCUGCUAUUGCUCUCGCUGAUGGAUGGUGUGUUGGUUCGUUGUUCGCCAUAAAGCCAUCUCUCCAAGUUAGCAAGUACACAC